CAUUAACCCAAAAUGUUAUUUUUAGCACUCAAAGACCUCGUAAAUGGCCUCAGAGGCAAGAAUUAUGUAGACCAAGAAGACUCAGAAGAAUUCAAAGCUGCUGCUGAGAAAAGAGUUGCAACGCUAAAUGACCAGUUCAAAGAUCUCGACCAAGAACUCCAAAAUGUCGAUGAAGGUGACCCUUCAGCAUUGGAAGAGCUUUUCACUCACUGUGCAGCCUCAGUCCAAAACUUGACUCUUGAAGGAAAGCUCAAACAGGAAGACCUGCUUGAACUGUACGGAUUCUUUAAGCAAGCUAUGAUUGGAGAUGCUACAGAUAAGUAUGCUCCUUCCUUGCUGGAUUUGAAGGGAAAAGCUAAAUUUAAUGUUUGGAGAACCAACCUCGGAAUUACCCAAGAAGAUGCUAAGAAAUAUUACAUCCUGAAGUAUGCUUCGCUAAACAAAGAGGCUGAAGAGAACGUUAUGCAGGUACUAAAUGGUGAAAUAGACGCUCAAGAGGUAGACAACCCUGCAAUGAGGUCUAUCAGCCGUCCUGAAAUCGACCAAAAAGAGGUCCAAAAUUAUAUCGGCGCACUUGAUGAAGACAAAACGAGAAUCUUCAAAUUAUACGAAGAAAUCAGAGCCAAUGGCGAAGAAGAACUGUACAUGGUCAUCGAAAGAAAGGAGAUUAGCGCAGAAACUACUAAUAAGGAAGGAAUGACUCCUUUCAUGCUAGCUGUAGAUGAGGCCUUUUCUGUCGAAAUUCUCCAAACUCUUCUCGAUUUUGGGGCUGACAUCAACCACAGAGAUAAUGAUGGCUCUACUGCUCUCCAUUACGCUUGAACACUUGAGGAAGAAGAGAUCAUCAAAUUCCUUCUUGAAAAGGGAGCUGAUCAAAGCAUUGAGAAUAAUGAAGGAGAAAAGCCCAUUGAAAUUUUACAGGAUGAGGAGUUCCACAAAUAUUUCGAAAAACAGGAGUCAUAGAUAUU